UCGGCAGGAGCUCGGCUGUACUUCACUAAUGGGUGCGCUGGGAGAACCUCAUUAGUUUGCUUUCUCUUCGUGACGCCUUGGCAGUCUUUAUUAGGCGGAAUUAUCUGAAAUACGGGGUUCUUUGUUGUCAUGUUUUGCUUUUGUGAAUCGGUACAAUGAGGAAGCUCGGCGGAGAGACGGAGCGUCGGUUCUCAGUGUAGAGUAAACGGGCUGGUCAGGAGGGUGUGGAUGUAAUGUGUGAGUGGACGCCGCCCUGUCAUUAACAUCAUGACCACUCAGAGGCUUCUGUGGACUUUUCUCUUCCUGCUGAUAUCUGCUGUACAGGAAUGUGAACCAGUGUGUGUGGACGCAGUCCCGGACACCGAGGCAGUGGUGGGGAACCCCAUGAAGCUCACCUGCGUUUCAUGCAUAAAGAGAGAAAUCAAUGCCGAGACCAGAGUGAACUGGUAUUACAGGACCAAUCGGACGGCUGAGCCCCAGCUCAUCUUCAUCUACGAUGGCAAACCACAGGGGGUGGAGGGGCCAUGGAUGGGCCGCCUUCUGUGGAACGGCAGCAAAGACUUACAGGAUCUCUCUAUCAGCAUUACCAAUGUCACGCUGAAUGACAAAGGCCGGUAUGAAUGCGUGGUACAUCGUCAAUUUUCCUUCAACUUACACACCGCUUCUAUUAGUAAGAACGCAACAUUUAUCGACCUGGUGGUUCGGGAAAAAGCGAGUAAAGACUCCACAGCACUGUAUUCAGAGAUCAUGAUGUACCUGUUACUGGUGUUCCUCACCCUCUGGCUGCUGAUCGAGAUGAUCUACUGCUACAGAAAAAUCUCCAAGUCAGACGAGCAAGCGCAGGACAGUGCGACUGACUACCUAGCCAUUCCCUCUGAAAAUAAAGAGAACCCUGGUCCUGCAGUAACGGAAUAAAAGAAAAUGUCUCACACGAUACGGUACUGAUGAUUCCUUUUGGUGACCGACUUGAACGAGGACGAGAGUCGAUCUCUGCUGGGAUCCUGUCACUGAGAGACAUCAUAGGAAACUUGCCAAAAGAAAUCCCUGUCGUACAAACCUUUCACCGCUAAGUAAUUCCUGUACCAGGAUUUGUGUUUUCUCCAUUAUUGCCUUAAAGAAAACACAAGCAGAACAGCAAUGAGAAAUAACAAGCUAACAGACUGCCUGGUCCUCGAUUUACCCAAAAAGCCUUUCACAUUAUUUGUACUUGUUUUUUUACCGUUUUGAUAGAGCAUCUUGAUUUAUUGUACGUGAUGCUUUCUAGCCAAGCGGCCAGUAUAAAGCUGUUAGAGAAGAUGUUGAUAAUCAGUUAUAGUCACUUUGGCUAGUAUGACAGACUUCAUUUGGCUUAAAGCUCUUCUGUGUGAAUGAAUUUCUAUGGUACGACCCGUGUUUACUCCCUACAUGUUGAUUACAAAUAACUUGCUUUUUUAUUAGCUUUUGAAGUUGAUAUAAAAGUGAUUUACAUGAUUUUUGAAGUUUCUCUGUAUUCGCUGUGAUGUGUACAGUAAGCAUGUUGUCACUUGUGGCGACUCUGGGAACCUUUCCUUCUAUAAAUCAUUACAGAUAUUGGUUAUCGUGGUCAGGUUGUGUCUGUAUUAUGUCUCCAUCUUGAGUUUAGUCUCAGUAUGUUUACAGAGCGAUUCAGAAGCUAUAAACUAUUUAUAUAUUCUCUGUCCAGGAGUACAGAUGAGCCUGGCUGGAUGGAUCCCAAUAGGUGACAGUGUAAUACUAGUGGAUGUGGCCUAGACUACUUUUACUGUUAUUCUGAUGUCAGACAGCUGCUUAAUGACUUUUGUUUGCACUUUUUCCUCCUCUGGAACUGUUAAUAUUACCUUUUGUAUUAUAAGACACUGUUAGAAAAAGACAGAAGUGGCUUGUUUUCCUGUCCUGUCCAGAAAGAACUUUAUAUUUCAUGUGAAAGCUUAUUAACUACUAAUAAAGUAAA